UGCUGGGAUUAAAGGCAUAAGUCACCACCACUGGCUGUUCAUCUAGAUUUUUAAAAAUUCUGUAUAGAAUGCCUCUCACCUGUCAUAUAUGCAAAGCACUGGUUAUACUGAAGAGGGAAGACAGGACUUUGGUUCUAUUCAGGCAAGGAAAAGAGGUUUUAAGAAGAGGGACUAACAGCUGGACAGUGGAGGUGGUGCACACCUUUAAUCCCAGCACUCAGGAGGCAGAGGCAGGAGGAUAUCUGUGAGUUUGGGGCCAGUCUGGUCUAUGGAGUGAGUUCCAGGGCAACUAGAGCUAUACAGUGAAAUCUGUCUCAAAAAACAAACAAACAAACAAAAAAUAGGGAGUAAUAAUGGAAUAAAUUAGAAUUAUGCUAAGGGCUAUGUAGGAAGUAAAAUGAAUGAGUCAUAUGGAAAACAGUGGCAGAGGGCAGGAAGCCGCCUGGCUAAGCUAGGACUUUGGUUAUCUUCAGCACAUCAGUAGCCGGCAGAAUGAACAGGAUCACAUGAAAAAGGCGUUCUGAGAGAGUGGGGCUCAAGACAAAGCCCCAAGAAAGAGCUCAUGCGGUCAGUAGUGGAGAUACACAACCAAAUUCGGAGCUGAAAGGCGCCGAGGAGCAGCCUCUGCCUACAGAAAGCCCAGAAGCCUUGAGUGACUACAGUUUAAGCAAACCUCAUGAAGCAGAAAAUGUGGACAGUACAGAAGCCCCAACCAAUGAAGAUGAAGAUGCAGGAGAAGACUCGAUGAAAGUGAAAGAUGAAUACAGCGAAAGAGAUGAGAGCAUUCUGAAGCCGGAGCCCAUAGGAAAUGCAGACGAGAGCGAAAUUCCUUACAGCUAUGCAAGAGAAUAUAAUGAAUAUGAAAACAUUAAGCUGGAGAGACAUGUUCCAUUCGACAGCAGCAGACCGACCAGUGGGAAGAUGAACUGUGAUGUGUGUGGGUUAUCCUGCAUUAGCUUCAAUGUCUUGAUGGUUCAUAAGCGAAGCCACACUGGUGAACGCCCGUUCCAGUGUAAUCAGUGCGGGGCAUCUUUUACUCAGAAAGGUAACCUCCUCCGCCACAUUAAGCUGCACACAGGGGAAAAACCUUUCAAGUGCCACCUCUGCAACUACGCAUGCCAAAGGAGAGAUGCGCUCACGGGACACCUGAGGACGCACUCUGUGGAGAAGCCCUACAAGUGUGAAUUCUGUGGAAGGAGCUACAAGCAGAGAAGUUCCCUGGAGGAGCACAAGGAGCGAUGCCGCACGUUUCUUCAGAAUUCUGACCUGGGGGAUGCCACAAGUGUGGAGGCAAGACACAUCAAAGCGGAGAUGGGAAGUGAAAGAGCGCUCGUUCUGGACAGAUUAGCAAGCAAUGUGGCAAAACGAAAGAGUUCAAUGCCUCAGAAGUUCAUUGGUGAGAAGCGUCACUGCUUUGAUGUCAACUACAAUCCCAGCUACAUGUACGAGAAGGAGAGUGAGAUAAUGCAGACCCGAAUGAUGGACCAAGCCAUCAAUAAUGCCAUCAGCUAUCUUGGGGCUGAAGCCCUUCGCCCCUUAGUCCAGACUCCACCUGCUCCCACCUCUGAGAUGGUCCCAGUCAUCAGCAGCAUGUACCCUAUAGCCCUCACCCGGGCUGAUAUGCCCAAUGGGGCCCCGCAGGAACUGGAGAAGAAAAGAAUCCUCUUGCCAGAGAAGACCUUGCCUUCUGAACGAGGUCUGUCCCCCAAUAAUAGUGCCCACGACUCUACAGACACUGACAGCAACCACGAGGAUCGCCAGAAUCAUGUCUACCAGCAAAGCCACAUGGUCCUUCCCCAGGCCCGCAAUGGGAUGCCACUCCUGAAGGAGGUCCCUCGCUCCUUCGAACUCCUGAAGCCCCCUCCCAUCUGUCUGAGAGACUCCAUCAAAGUGAUCAACAAAGAAGGGGAGGUGAUGGACGUGUUUCAGUGUGACCACUGCCAUGUCCUCUUCCUAGAUUAUGUGAUGUUCACCAUCCACAUGGGGUGCCACGGCUUCCGUGAUCCUUUCCAGUGUAACAUGUGUGGAUAUCGAAGCCACGAUCGCUACGAGUUCUCCUCUCACAUAGCCAGAGGAGAGCACAGAGCCAUGUUGAAGUGAGCAUCAGUCUCCGAGCUCACCAUCUGAUGAUAGCCUUACCCAGUAGACUGAACUCAAACCCACAGUCCUUCCCAGUUAUGUUAGCACUCAGUCAUAGUCACACAAGAGGUCAGGGAAACACUGUCUUCGACCGGAGACUGUUUGCACAGCCAUCAUAUUACUUUGUGAAACCUUCCUUUCCCAACAGUUGGAUUUGAUGGGAUUUAAAAGCCAAAGAAGUAUCUGGUUCAUUAUCUUUUGUAGCAAUAGACAGCCAUCCGGCAGAGCUUGUUGCCAACUGGAACAGUCCUCGAUGGGCUGCAGGAGACAUUCACUGGGACAUAGCAGCCAUAUGUGGAAAAGUCUUUUGAUCCUAUGCCCAGAUCCACAUGGUGGAAGAGCUGACCAGCUGCCCUUGCCCUUGGGCACUAGCACAAGGCAGAAGGGUUAGGACCUAAUCUCCUCCCUCCCAUCCCAGUCUACCAUAACAGUAAGGAAGACACAGCCAUAGAGUAAGUACCUGCUGCCAGUAAUGGAAGAGCCUAUUAUCAGAGCUUCAGUUCACAUCCUAUCACACAAGCAAAACAAAACAGAAGCCAUCUGAGGACCCUUCUGCUUCACCUGCCCAUCACCAGGGAAAAUCUGAGGUGAUCUGGCCUCGGCCAGCUGUCUGCAAGAAAAUGCUACACCAGAGGAACGGGUGCUUUUAAAUACCGAGUGUCACUGACACCCAAGAGUCAUCCACUGAGGGGCUGUGGUAUUUAUUUCCUCUGAUUGAGAUUGGCAGAGAAAGCUGGGGACAUAGCUUAGUGGUACAGUGUUUGCCAACUUUAACCCUCAAAGCACCGGGGGACAAAUGAGAAAGGAAGAAAGAAAGAAAGAAAGAAAGAAAGAAAGAAAGAAAGAAAGAAAGAAAGAAAGGAAAGAGAAAAGAGGGGGGAGAAAGAUUGGCAGAGCAGUGUGUGUUGGGACACAUGGGUUGGCAGUUCUUGUCACCUUCAUAGAGUACUGGUUGAAAAACCCAAAGAACAUUUGAAAGUGAUUUUACAUGUGCACAUACACAGAGGACCCAGAAUGCACCGCUUAGCAUCCCUCAACCCACAGGAGUGAGAUCAGGGAUGGGAACCAGAGAUGUUCUGAUCAGGGGCUGCGAGGUCAGCUUAGACUUGUGUGGCUUUUAUUUUAUUUUUAAAACAGGGUCUCCCGCUGCCUAGAUGGGCCUCAAGCUCACUACUAGCUGAGGGUGGCCAGAACUCUGAUCCUCCUGCCUCGGCCUAUUGAGUACUGGGGUUAGACAUGAUCACCAUCAGGGUUUGGGGAUUUUGCUACCUUAAAUUGGAACUGCCACAUCCCACUGAGAGUCUUGGAAGUCUGUCUUGUUCUGUAGAUGGACCAGCCAGCUUUGUCACUACAGGCCAGACACCAAGACAUCAAGAAGAUCUGGAAUAGAGGUCACCAAAUGAGUGUGCCAAGCUUAUAUCUGCUACUAAUUAGUGUGUGGUGUGCUUUUGUACAAAUCAUUUAACUCUAAAAGCUAACUUUCCUCAACCAUAAAAUAAGAGUUGGAUUUAGACCUUCUUGAUGGUCCCUCCCGGUUUUGAUACACGAUUAUUCAGUAACCACAGGUUAUUUUUAAACCUCCUGACGUGUGGGCAUCAGGCAGAAGGGACCACACGUGAAAAUGUGUUUCAUAUCUCUUUGGCGUGAAAAUGUAAGUGCGUUAAGUUUUUCCUUCAGCCACUGAGUCAUGAACGUGAGGAGACCCUGUGGAGGAACAAAGAACAGGAAGGUGGUUUGGUCUUGCCAAAGCGUGCACACAAAUUGUCAUCUGCAGCGACCAGGGACCUUUUCUUUCUUUCCUUUUUAAGAACUUGUGUUAGGGAAAGUAAGUUCUGCUUACAGGGACAGCUCCAUGGAGCCUAUUUACAAAUUAAGAGCUAGCUUUAUGAACAUCUCUGCCACAGCCAAGAAUCCUGAGUUCCUGGUAGAUUCACAUUUUCCUUCUAAAGGGCUUAUGGAUCCGGCUCUCACUCAACUCAUUUAAUUACAUGCCAGUAAUUAAAACGUUUCACCUCAGACACAGAAUGGCUUAGCCUGCUUUGUAGCAUGGUGUCUG